AUGUCAGAUGACUCGGAGGAGUCUGAGAAGGAAAAGGUAAAAAAGACGACAGACAAGAAGGACAAAGAGAAGAAAGGCAAAGCCAAAGAGAAGAAAGACAAGAAAGGUAAGAAAGAAAAGAAGAAGAAAAAAGAAAAGAGCAAAAAGAAGAAAAAGAAGAAGUCCUCCUCCUCCUCCUCUUCUAGUUCCUCGUCAGACUCCUCCGAGCUGAGAAAGAAAAGGAAGAGAGAGAUGAAGCAGAAACAGAUGGAGGCGCAGAAACAGAAAGCCCGAAAUUACCUCGUGAUGAGAGGCCUGAAGACACCGGAUGGACAGUUCACUGAGCAGGUGACAAACUUUGAAUCCAGCUUUCGUGAAGGUCGAUAG